CAGGCUGAAAACGUGAGAAGAAAAACAGACAGGGCUGUAGCAUCAGUCGGACGUCAACUCCGCGGAAAAGGAGGUCUGAAGUAAAACGUAAAUAGAUACAAAUAAGAACAGAGGAUCACCUCCUGCAGCUGCAGCGACCUCUCUUCUCUCUGCAGACCUCUGUCCUGGAGAACACUCCCAUCACAUACCGAGCAUAUUCGUCCAUCACCGCGCCCAGGAGAGGGUGACAGGAGCGUGGAAAAGCCAACAGAGGAAAAGGACGAAGGGAGGAAGCUGUAAAGGACAAGAACAAGAGCCCAGAAGAAAGGGGGAGAGCUGGGGUUGUGAGUAGAGGAUGGAGGCCCUACUUCCUGUGCUGAAGAGUCACCCAGGCCCGUCAGUGCUGGUGUGCUCUCUGCUUUUCAGAGUGGCCCACCGGCUUCUGCAAAGGCUGCCUGUGCCCAAAGUGGUGAGGCAGGAUGAUCUCCACUCCUGGAAGUGGAGGAACCUCUCCGUCUCCCUGGUGCACUCCCUGCUGACUGGGACAUGGGCCCUGACCUGUGUGGUGGUUUGGCCAGAGACGCUGAGCAACAUCCACUCUCACCACACCCCUCUGUCGUACCUGCUCGUCUGCGUCUCAACAGGAUACUUUGUGCAAGAUGCGGGUGAUAUCAUCCUGACGAGACAUGCAAGAGGAUCAUGGGAAUUCUUACUCCAUCAUGCCCUGGUGAUCUGGUGCUUCCUGUACGCCCUCUACACUCAGCUGUAUGUGGCCGGCGCUGUAAUCGCUCUGUUUGUGGAGGUGAACAGUGUCACUCUGCACCUGAGGCUGAUGCUGAAACUGGCCGGCGCUCAGUCCUCCUCCAUGUACCAAGUCAACAAAUUCGCCAACCUCUUCACUUACAUCAUGUUUCGUCUGAGCACCCAGUUCUACCUCACCUGGUACAUCAUGCACAAUUACUCCUGGCUGGACCACGGCGGAUACUUUCUCGGCACCAUGAUCAUGAUGAAUGUCAUGAUCCUGAUUUACUUCUACCGCCUACUCCGCGCUGACUUCUUCCCCCGGAGUAAAAGCUAUGUGGGACAGAACGGGACACAUAACAACAACAAAAAGUUUCUCAGUGAUUGACGUGGAGAAAGGUUACGGGACUAUAUUAUAUUGUUUUUAGGGUGAGAGUUUACACAUUUGUCUUUUUCAAACCAUAACUGACACCAUUCCUUGUGACCACAGGUUCCCUUGUUGUGCCUCACUGCCAAAGAACAAACAACACCCCCUUCUGGACAAGGUGAAGCUUUGUUUGGGUCAAAAGAAUAAUUGUCUUUUCACAGGGAAAAAUAAAAAGCAACACCUCUUUGAUAGAAGCCAAAACUAUGUGUUAAUCUCUAGUGACAUUUAUCAAACCAUUUUACGACUUUUAGAAUAUUUAAGAUUGUUUUUAGUAUUAUAUAACCUGCAAGGAAAAGGUUGACAUUUUUUGAAAUACAAUUGUCAAUUCUUGACAAAAGCAUUACAUGAGAAGACUGAUACCACCCUCCUGUUUGUAUGGUAAAUAUGAAGCCAUAGCCAGCAGCUGUUUAUAUUAUCUUAGCACAAUGAGUGGAAACAGGAAGAAACCUACAGCUCGUCUGGAUCUGUCCUACGGUAACAAAAAUCCUCCUGCAAAACCACAACUUGUUUUUACACUUCGGCUUUUGUACAGAUUAAACAAACAAGAUAUUAUAAGUUAAUUAGUGAGCUUUAGAGCUUAUGCCGUGUUAAUGACUUACAAAGAAGUAGAGAGUUAGCUACAUAACACUGUGUGACACUUUUACUCAAAACAACCCGAGGCCUGAUGAGAAACAUUAACCUUGACUAUUUUUUUUCAUGAAACAUUUUUGAAUGUGAUGUUUGAAUGUCUGAUGUGAAAGCAGCAUUACCUCUUUCAACUUGAAUUUUUACAAGUGGGAAACUGAUCAUUUCUGUACCUCAGAUAUAUCACGAACGCAUUACAAAACAUGAGAGAGUGGUAUCAAUCUUCUCAUUUAACUCUCAGCAAGAAAGCGGUGUAUUUCUAAAAAAUGUCAAAAUGUUCCUUAAUCCAUCAGAAAAAAAAAACCUGCGUGAUAAAUAGUUAAACGCAUAAGUUUAAAAUGUGAAAUUUUAGUAUUUGCUAACAAUCUUAACUGACAGCCUAGCUAUAUGUUGCCAUAUAUAUCCAACAUUUGCAGAGGGUUUGCAGUUUUCUCUCUUUGGGUGUUUGAACGAACAGACAAGUGGGAUUUUCUGACCUUAAAUUUACCAGCAGCACACUCACAUUUUAAAAAUAUGUGUAUACAGUAUGUCCUCUCCCCUUGUCUCAAUGAAGCCAUUUGUGGCAGAGGAGAUACUGGGCUUUGACUUAGCUGGUACAUAAUGUUGCAAAGGACCAACUGAACGUGUAACACAGGACAAUUUAUAGUCCUUUUAUGGUUGUCAUAUGAAAUUUGUUGGUAUUUGAAACGAGCUGGAACUUCCUGCCAGUUAAUAGUCUGAUAAUUUUGCUCAGUGGGAAGAGGGAACCAUGAGAAACCCUUCACGAGCAGGCAGCAGCACAAUCACCACUGUUACUGCAUCCAUGUAGUUGGACUUGUGUGGAGUAAUAGAAUAUCCUCACAGUGUGUAUCAUAUUUGCUUGUUUGAGAAGUAAUAGGUCUUUUACAGAGUGGAUCCCUUUUUUAAGAAUGAUGAAAUUCAGGUGAAGAUGUGUCUCCUCUUCCUCUUCUUUUCCUCAAAAAUGGAUAUAUAGCAUUUUGUAAAUAUGUCCUCAAGUGUGCAUUCCUUUUUGAUAUAUUUCAAAGGAUAAUAUACGCACACACUGUCAAGCAUUAGUGGACUUUAAAAACCUAAUGAUCAGCACAUUUCAUUUUCUAUUUCAGCCAACACCAAAAAAAUCAGACAUGGAUACGGUGUAGAUGUGUUUGACCUGUGCUACAGUGCCUUUACUACAGUGCCUUUUCAAAAAUACGAGCAAAGCAGAGAUAAAGAUGAUGUAAAGAAAGUAUAGAUUCUAUAGCAUGAUAUAUGUAUGUGGGAGAUUUUUGAGACAAACUAACACUAAAUUCAUUUGAUCAUGACCACAAUAAUGUAUAAUGUAUCUUGUAUUAAAGUGAAAACUGUUUUUUAGGAGCCACGUAUUUUGGAUUGUUGAGUGAUACUAUGAAUUAAAAAAGAAUUUAAAAUCACAA